AUGUCCGCCGCUCGUAUACGACUUUUGACACUCGAUGCAUACAAUACUCUUUUCAAACCGAAAGGCUCACUAUCGUCUCAAUAUGCGCAGGAAGCCGUGAAACAUGGUGUAAACGUAUCGAAAUCAGCUGUCAGUCAACAUUUCGGCAUAGCUUAUAGGGAUCAACUUGAACGAGCACCAUUUUAUGGUUUACAUUUAGGCAUGCAUACUCGGCAAUGGUGGGAAGAGCUUGUCUAUGCAACAUUUGUCGGCGCAGGCGCCAAUAAGAAAGACCUUGAUCCGGUAUUCGACACACUUUUCAACUCAUUGUACACGCGUUUCAUGACGGCCGAAGGAUACACAACAUUCCCUGACGUACGGAGGACGUUGAUGCAGUUACGGCAACGAGGGUUUCAGAUGGGUGUCAUUAGUAAUUCAGACGAACGAGUGUUGUCGGUGAUCAAGAGUUUGGAAUUGGAUGAUUAUUUCGAUUUUGUACUUCCAAGUUGUUUGGCCGGAUAUGAAAAACCCGAGGUACAAAUUUUCGAAAAGGCUUGUGAAAUCACGGGCGUACGUCCCGAGGAAGCAUUACAUGUUGGCGAUGAUAUAGAAAAGGAUUAUUACGGUACUGGUGCUCGCCAUGCAGGUUGGCAUGCUACUCUAUUGAAGCGAUGUAAACUAUCGUAUCAAGAUUCAGCACCGGACCUGGUGCCAGCAGAAAUGUCCCCUGCCCAGAUCCCACAAACGAUCAUGUCGCUGCAAGAACUCUGUCCAAUAUUACAGGGAAUGCGUGACAAAGAACUGCCAACACCGCGUGAUGACGGUGUGGUUGCCGCCUCAUCUUGA